UCAUGGGAACUUAAUAACAAAAAGCACCUCAAACUAAAUAGAUUACUCAAUUUUAAAUUGAAAUUGCUUGCUUAAAAGUAUGUCUUUUUCCAUAAUUUUAGGUUAAAGGCUAUGUGGAAUUGAAUAGAGAUAGAAGAACUAAUUAAGCAUUAAUGAAAGAGAAAGCUUUAAAUGAAAUGUUACGUAGUCCAUCUAGAGUAAUGGUUGAAGAGUAUCAAAAAUUUCAACAACUAGUUCAAGAUGUUCGAUUCAUUGAGACAUGCAACAUAGUACUAAGGUAUACUAAUCUCACAUUAACUUAGAUAUUGUGAUAUUGUUAAAGAUUAAUCAAUAAGAAUCUUUAGAUGUGGAGGAGAUCAUUCUAAAAUAGCAGAUCUUAUGCCAUAUAUAGAAAGUAUCCUCUUUGCAGCAGAUAAUUUGAACUUAGAAUAAGUAAUGGAAUUUAAAGAUCUUAUGAUAUACUAUUUUGGACCUGGCUUCAAUGACACUAAUAAAUUAAUCAAUGUCGAUCAAGAUUUGAAAAAACUCUAUAAAACUCCUUUACCUGAUGCAUACGAAGUCAAUGAAUUUGCAUUAAAAUUUGCAGAAAAAUAUGGAUUCAGUGAAGAACAAUUAAAUGCUUCAGGACAUUAAUUUAGCUCAAAAAUUUUAAAACCUGCUCAAGGAGGCAUUUUAGUUGAUUAAUAAGCAUUAGGAUAAUAAUAAUUUAUGCCAUAUUCAAAUUAAGGAUUUGGAGUACCUUUUGGUUCUCAUCCAGAAUCAUUCUCAUAGCCAGGUAAUCAAGGAUUUGGAGAUUUUGGAACACAAGGAGGCUUUGGUUAACCACCAAUUGGAGGUUUUGGAAAUCCACCUUAAGGAGGUUUUGGUUAACCACCUAUUGGAGGUUUUGGUCAACCACCUACUGGAGGUUUUGGUUAACCACCUACUGGAGGUUUUGGAAAUCCACCUCAAGGAGGCUUUGGUCAACCACCUAUUGGUGGUUUUGGAAACCCACCUUAAGGAGGUUUUGGAAAUCCAGGUACAGGAGGAUUUGGUUAAUCAUAACCAGGAGGAUUUGGUUAAUCAUAACCAGGAGGUUUUGGUAAUUAAACUUAAGGAAACUUUGGAGCAUAAGGAGGUUUUGGAACUUAACCUUAAUAAAAUGGCUUAUAUAAUUAAUCAAGUAAUUAAUUUGGGAAUCCUCCUGCUGGAGGUCUUGGAACAACUGGAGGUAAUGGUUAAGCAAAUGGGUCUUCAAAUCCAUAUUCCUGUUUAAAUUAAGGUAUUUUAUUAUUUUUAAUUUUAAGGCCCUCAAAUAAUGGCUAGCUAAAGUAUGAAAGUUCCAUAGUAAUAUUAAAAUCCUUAAUAACCAUUUUAACCAUAGGUUCAGCCAGUAAUACCACCACAAUAAUUUUCUGGUCAAUAAUAAAAGAAUAACAAUCCAAACUCCCAAGCUCUUGAUGAUUUGGAAGCAAGAUUAAGAGAUCUUGAUAAAGCUUUAUGAU